AUGCUUGAUGGGUGGUACUGCCGCUCAAUAGCCAAUAUGCAAGCUAAUGAAGAAGCAAGUGUAAAUAGUGCAGUGGCUGAUACUUCUCAAGCAGAAUCAAAUAAAGACUAUUCUAGUGACAGUAGCAGUGAUCCGGAAAACGAACCUAAUUAUCGAGCACAAUACUUAACUCUUAAAAAGAAAUUAAAAUAUCUAAUAUAUGAAAAUGAAUGUUUUCAAGAUGCCCUACGAUCAAGCCAAAAACGAUUAUUAAAGGUAACAAGAGAUCGGUCUUUUCUAUUAGACAGAUUAUUACAGUAUGAAAAACCAGACAGUAGUUCAUCAGAAAGUGAAGAUACAGAAUCUUCAGAUGACACAAGUUGUACUAACACAGAUGGAUCAAAAAGGAAGAAAAUGGAAGCAAAUAUAAGUCAAGCUCCUCUAACAACACCAUCACCAAUUAACAAAAGUAUCAAUAGUAAUAACAAAAGGAAAAGAGCUGUAUCUAAAAAAACUACAAAUAUCAAUAAUCCUCAUCAAGGUAAUUCCAAUAUGAUGGCUAAGGCAUCACCCGGACUUGGAUUUGGCCUUAGUAACAGUGAUGGUCAUAUGACACCUGAAGAAGUGGAACGUCAUUUACAAUCACGUCAAACAUUUCUGAAACUUUUGCCUGAGCGUGCUCCACCUACAGUGCCAACAGAAAUGUUUAGCAAUGAUCCAUCUCUUGACAGUGAAUCUAAUGAUGUAUUGGAAACAUCACCAAUUGUUGAAGAAUGGUUUGAUUAA